AUGCCACUCAAUCUUCGUUUGAUUUCCCUUGCCGGUCUCACUGCUAUUUCAUUAGCAUUAAUCAUCACUGGUGGCUGGAUAUCGGCUUGGUGUAUUAAAGUUGGCAACCGAUUCGAAUGUUAUUCCUUAUUUCGAUCGGAUCAUACGUUUUCCUGUCUUUUCAAAUUAAUUCCAACUGGUGUCAUCCUUUGUUUGACUGUUUCAUUAUUAAUGUUCUUGAUUUUGAUAAUCAUUCAAGCCAAAAAGGAAUAUCAACUUGUAACACGGUUCGUUAAUAUUCUUGUUCUUUCAACAGCUAUCAUUCUGAUUAUGAUUGUCCUACUUCAAUGGUUCCAUCUUCCUUCGCGCACAUCGAAGAACAUCAUCAUCGCUCGAAUAGUUGGACAAACGGCGAAUCAUACAGGCGAACUUGUCUUCGGCACGAUCUCGUCCAAUGAUCCACUAUAUCUAGCGGCAUCCGAUGCACAACGACAAGCAUUUGUCAGUUCACGAUACAAUCUCAAUCACGGUCCAAACUUAUUCUUCGCGUCGUUUGUCAUUCUUCUCAUUACUCUACUUGCUUUUGUUAUUCUACAUCACAUCGAAUUCAUUUGA